UUCGGGCCCCCCCGCCCGCCGUGCUCGGCCCUUUGGGGCCGGCCGCGGCUGCUUCGCGCAGACGGCGUCGGCGACGCGGGGCCCGCGGCCGGCCCAUCAGCUGCAGCCUGUCACCAUCGCCCCGGAGUGGCCACGCCGGGGUAGAGAUGCCGCCGGCAGGCUGGUGUCUACUUUGGCUUGGCUUGGUCCUGGCCUCGGUCUGCGCCUCUCUUGAGUCUGCAGCGCCCAGCAACUCGACCACAGCACCUCUGAAUGUCCUUCUAAUCAUCGUGGAUGACCUACGCCCUUCCCUGGGCUGUUACGGGGACAAGCUCAUAAGGUCCCCAAACAUCGACCAACUGGCUUCCCACAGCCUCCUCUUCCAGAAUGCCUUUGCCCAGCAAGCGGUAUGCGCCCCGAGCCGUGUGUCCUUCCUCACUGGGAGGAGACCAGACACCACCCGCCUAUAUGACUUCAAUUCCUACUGGAGGGUACAUGCUGGAAACUUCUCUACCAUCCCCCAGUACUUCAAGGAGAAUGGCUACGUGACCAUGUCGGUUGGAAAAGUCUUUCACCCUGGAAUAUCUUCCAAUUAUAGCGAUGAUUCUCCAUAUAGCUGGUCUAUUCCACCUUACCAUCCCUCCUCUGAAAAGUAUGAAAACACCAAGACAUGUAGGGGGCCAGAUGGAGAACUCCAUGCCAACCUGCUUUGUCCCGUGGAUGUGGCGGAUGUGCCAGAGGGCACCUUGCCUGACAAACAGAGCACUGAGCAAGCCAUACGCUUGUUGGAAAAGACGAAAACAUCGGCCCGCCCUUUCUUCCUGGCUGUUGGGUAUCAUAAGCCGCACAUCCCCUUCAGAUACCCCAAGGAGUUUCAGAAGCUGUAUCCCUUGGAGAACAUCACCCUGGCUCCUGACCCCCAGGUCCCUGCUGGCCUCCCUCCCGUGGCCUACAACCCCUGGAUGGACAUCAGGCAGCGGGAGGACGUCCAGGCCUUGAACCUCAGUGUGCCCUAUGGCCCAAUUCCUGUGGAUUUUCAGCGGAAAAUCCGCCAGAGCUACUUUGCCUCCAUUUCGUAUUUGGAUACGCAGGUUGGCCACCUUUUGAGUGCUUUGGAUGAUCUCGAGCUGGCCAACAGCACCAUCAUCGUAUUUGUCUCAGAUCAUGGGUGGGCUCUAGGUGAACAUGGAGAAUGGGCCAAAUACAGCAAUUUUGAUGUCACUACUCGUGUGCCCUUGAUGUUCUAUGUUCCCGGGAGGACAGCUCCACUUCCAGAGGCAGGCGAGAAGCUUUUCCCUUUCGUCGACCCUUUUGAUUCUGUCUUGGAACGGAUGGAGCCAGGCCGGCAAGUCAUGGACCUCGUGGAACUUCUCUCUCUCUCCCCGACGCUCGCGGGACUUGCAGGACUGCACGUGCCACCUCGCUGUCCCGUUCCCUCAUUUCAUGUCAAGCUGUGCCGAGAAGGCCAGAGCCUUGUGAAGCAUUUCCGAUUCCAGGACCUGGAAGAUGACCCGUCCCUUCGUGGUAAUCCCCGUGAGUCUAUUGCCUAUAGCCAGUACCCCCGGCCUGCAGAUUCUCCCCAGUGGAAUUCUGACAAGCCGAGCUUAAAAGAUAUAAAGAUCAUGGGCUAUUCCAUACGCACGAUAGACUAUCGGUACACUGUAUGGGUUGGCUUCAGUCCCCAUGAAUUUCUGGCUAACUUUUCUGAUGUCCAUGCAGGGGAACUGUAUUUUGUUGAUUCUGACCCUUUGCAGGACCACAACAUGUAUAAUGAUUCCCAGGGCAGAGACCUCCUCCGAUCACUGAUGCCAUGACUCCUUCCAAAUAGCGAGGAGGACAGGUAUCACGUACUCCCUUCCACCUGGGGAGAGGAGGAGUUAGGGCUGCUUAUUUGGUGAUCACCCAUAAUAUUGGAAGCAACUCGAGGGGUAGGCAGUCAAAGCAUGCAUCAACAGUUUGACUUAAGGAUAUGUAAUAGCCCAGCCUUUUGAUUCUUUAUUAAUUUGAGUCUUUAUUAAUUUCUAUGUGGUAAUCGGACUGAACCAUUCUUUAUUUUUUUGGAUAAUCACAGCUUCUUUAUUGAGCGGAUAAGUGUGAAGGGAGCAACUGAAAAUUGUCAUGCUUUUAGCCAUCAAGACCGGAAUAACCAAACAUAACACUAUACUUAAGAAAUACUGUAAUUAUCUCUGGAAUUUAGUACAUUUCAAAAAGUAACCAUAUGUUAUAUUAGGUUUCACACGAAGUCCCUGGUUCUUUUGUUUAUAAUUUAAUAAUUUAUUUAGUCCAAUAUAUUCAAAAUAUUAUGUGAAUAUUUCAGGUUUCAGGUUUGUAAAAUGUGAAGUUAAAUAAUAAUGCUAGAUGCUAAGGCCUUAAAGUCUUAUCUUUAACUUUUGUUAAUAAGAUUGCAAAUUUUCAAAAUCCGAAGACAAAAUAUGCAUGAAGUGAUUAAUGUGGAAUUUCUACAUCAAAUAAUAAAUAAUUGUCAGUAAACGAGAGGCAGGAGAUUAUUUGGGAAAUUCAGUUAGAAAUGUUCAGGAACUUCUGGCCCAAAUAAUAAUUUGUUAGCAAGUAAUAUGACCCUUGACCUCAAAGAUCACCUGUUGAAAGGCAUUGUUACUCACCGUGGAAAACAUUUAAAGGCAUGACUGUAUCCAUGAAUUGAGUCACUCAAAACUCUUAGUGUUCUCCUUCUUCAGGAAUGGUUGGUUGCAGGUAUCCAUUUAUCCAGGAGGCAGGAAAUAUUCUACCUUUAAUUGCCGAUUAAAGAAACAACACUGAUUUUAUUAGAUUCUGAAUUAUUUUGAGAAUGGGAAAACUUCAUUUAGGAUAAUAUUAGGUAAUUUCUAAUCGCCCAGAAUAUAGUUCUGUAUUCCCUAAAUAUGAAAGCAACCAGAAAGGCAGGUGGUAGUUAUAAUAAGCUUUAGCCUACAUCACCUUAAAAAGGAUGGGAUGGUCAAAACUCAUAUGUAUAACAUGUGGAAGUGAUCAGUUAUCAGUAGUCAUCAGAGGAGUAACCACAUUCUAAAUAAACAUCUUACAUAGCCCUGUAUCAAAGUGGGUAAUUUCUAGUAAUUCUCUUUACAAGUGCUUCAGUGGUUAAAGGUAAAUGCUCGUGAAAGAAAAUUCUUCAGCAAAUUAGGUUGUUACUUAAGUGUAUUAAAUUGUAACAAAAAAGGCAAGAUAUUAUAGUAAAAGAUGACUUCAAAUUAGUAAUUUCAGACAGUUUUUUUUAUUAAUUAGCCUACAACAGAGGCGUAUAUGGUAACACAAUGAUCUUCGAAGUGAUUAAGUGACUUAGUGUCCUGGCAACAGCAGUUUCUAGUUGAAGAGUGAAGGGCCCUAUUCAUCUCUCUGGAUCCCGAGGCUCAUCUUUCUUCUAGAAGCCUCAGCUUUACUAGUAGAUGGGUUCCCUGGGCCUUUUAUUUCUCCUUCCUCAUCCUCUUUAUCACUCUCAUCACUUCCACUAAGAUUUUUACAGUCUAGUCUGUAAAUUCCUCGUGACAUAUUUUCUGUGUAUUUAGCUUUAUCUCCUACUCCCCAGUUAUAAUGAUAAGUUUUAACACAGGCUUUUACUUCACAUCCAUUUGUUGCUCUCGUUGGCCAUGGUGUGCACACUUCAUCAUUUUUUCUUGCUUUAUUUCUUGAAGCACAGUUGUAGUAUCAAAAAUCUCCCUCUUGCUGAAGUUGAAAGGUGACCUGCGCCAGAGAGAAGAGUGAAGUGACAGAUACGUCAGGGGUGCAGCUGCCAUUUUGGCAAUAAUUCACUCGUGUGACCAAAGCCACAUCCGGGGCUGGGUCUGCACGGGGCGCUUUUGUGCAUCGAUCUGUCUGUCCUGGAAGUGCUUCUGUCUCGUCUCUUCUAUGCGAGGACACAGUGUCAGAGUGCUUCAGCUCUCCGUCGCUUUUGGUUUCUCUCGGCCUCCCUUUACAGUCUCUCUCCUGUUAGAAGCAGAGGUUGCAUUUCACGCUCAGUGGCACAUUCUUCCACAUCGUCUCACAGGGUAUGGGCGUUUACUGUUUUUGACACUGAACCCAACGUAAAGCCACAGUUUCUUUCCUUUUGCAUGUCUCCCACACACGUUGGGAUGAGCAGCCACUUUCUGGUUUUCAGACGGCAAAGCUGACCACAUUCCUUAUCUUGACUCUGCCUAGAGUGAGCACAUCUCUGUGGCUCCACACAGCCUUUCUCGUCCUGCUGAGCUGGAUGCGUUUUCUUCAUGGCCCUGCAGUCACUUCAUUUGUAGAAAGCCCCAUUUCGCUUGAGCGGGGUUCUUGCGUACAGCUCAGAUGAAACCAGGACGAGCGAGCCCAGAAAUUCUGAGUGGCCGAUUCAGUGGCUCACAAACAGGAGAGUGCAUCAGAACCACCUGAGGGCUUGCUAAAGCUCCCCGAGCGGGCCUGGCGCCCAGAGCUGCUGCGUCAUUGUGCCGCGGUGGGGCCUCAGAAUGCGUUUCCUACAAAUGACGCUGCUCCCCUGAGAAUCACCGCCCCUAGAUGUGUGCGUCCGGUGGCCACUGGGCACACGUGACUAUUUGAAUGAAUUGAAAUGAGAUAGACAUUUCCAAAGCAGAAUCUCAGGCUUGCCGUAUUUCAAGUGCUCAUCAGCCUGAUGUGGCUGGCAGCUGCCAUAUUGGAGAGCACGGAUCUAGAACCUUUCCAUCGUGGUAGAAAGUGGAACGGAGUGGCCCUAACUCUGAAUGUGAGCCUGGUCCACCCAGCGAUUGGCAAAUCCCUCGAUUGUCCACCCUGUGUUUGCAUACAGAGGCUUUUCUGGAGGCACGCCAAGGCCCUUGGUGCUCUCCUCCCCCACGACUAGUGCCAUCACCAUCACCAGCCCUCUCACCUCCUUCCCACGUAGCUUACCCCCCCUCCUCUUUCCUCCCUUGCUCCAGAAGAAUCCACGUGUCUUCCUGAACUCCCUCUUUGACCCCGCCCUCUGCGAACACCGCCAGUGCCUACUACGGGGUCCACACAGACCUUCGCUGAGCAGUCAGAGUCUUCCCUGGCUCCACAAAGCCCCUUUCCUUGGCCGACCAGUGUGCACACUGGUCCCUGACUCUCCCUUGCCGAUCCCUGCCUCCCAGCCCGCCCUUGCUUGUCCCCUUGCCCCUCCAUUCAUGACCAUGCUUCACAUUCACUCCCCCGCCCCCUCCAUCUCCAAGAGGCUGGCAGUCUGUGACUUUAGACCAUGUCGUGGCGUGAAAUGAACAGGAACAUCGCUAAAGAGUCUUGUGGCCACUUUGAAAAAAGGUAUCUUUUUCUGAGCACAAAGUUAGAGUGUUUAAUUAUAGAAAAACUGGAAAACAGAAGUGUAGUAAAAGGUGAGAAAAUGCAUCAGUGUUUUGCCCCAGGGUGGUCACUUAAUAUCUUGCCUUCUUUGGGCUAUGAAUUUUUUACUUGCUGUGAUCAUCCUAUGUGUUUUAUCUUAUAGUUUUAUAUUCUUCUUUUUCUCACUAAAUAUUAUAUGUGGUUACUACAAAUUUCUGCAAAGAUACUUUAUACUGGAAGUAAUAUAUUUUAUUUUGUAGCUUUUCAUAAUUAACCUUUCAAUGAUUGAAAAUUCAGCUUAUUUCCAAAUUUUCAGUAUUGUAAGUAAUGCUGUGAUGAACAACUUUGUGAAUACAAUGUUUUUAUGUAUUUCAAGUUACUCUCUUAGGCUUGUGUCUCAGUGCCAGAUUGUCAGAACCUUCUCUAUUUGGCCCCUCUCCCCACUCUCCUGCUACCUUAGGGUAGUAAAACUAAAAAUAAAGCAAACAAGCAUACAAAUAAUAAAAACCAUAAAACCAAAAAGCCCCCACCCCUAAUGAUAAUAGGUGAAAGUGGUAUCCGUUUGACCCUGUAACUCUCUGCUUAUCAGUGACCUUGAUCCUUGUUCUCUUUGUAAAAUUGUUGGCUGUUUGUAUUUCCAGUUGUGUGAAUUUCCCUUUAAAUUUUGGUUAUGGGUUUCACUUCUUAAAAUAAACAAAUGGCUCUUUUCCUGUCUGAUUUUUUUUUUCCUGUUAAACAUGGAGAGCCUUCCCAAUCUGGGAAUUGGGAAUUGAAUAAAUAUUCAUUUUCCCUUUCCA